AUGAAGUCCCACGUGUGCCACUGGCCCAACUGCGGCAAGACCUUUACUCGCGCAGAGCACCUGCGUCGCCAUGCCCUCAAUCAUGACCAGGCAAGACAAGGCUAUACCUGUGAGCGAUGCUCCGUGCAUUUCCACCGCCCGGAUCUACUGAAUCGCCAUCUCAUGCGCCAUGCCAAACGUGAUGAGGAAGCUGGAGGCCCUGGCCAAGGAGUGCUGGAGACGAGGAAACGCACUCGCCGUGCGGGAGAUGGCUCCAUCAUUACUCGCCCUCCGAAGCGUCAGUCCCGCGCUCGUGCCAGCCACAGCUUGCCUCCAUCGUCAUCGGCCUCUUCAUCGUCCAUUUCCGUUACCAGCGCCCAAGACUACGGUGCCCCUGUGUCGCCUCCGACGUCGGCGAGCGACCCAUCGUCCAUGUCGUUGGACGAGCCCGAUCCGCUACUGGCUCCGAUGAUGCCCAGCGGGCCAUUCGAGCCCUAUGUCGAGCCCAUCCCGGGGCAGUUUGAUGCGGCAGAUGGCUCCUGGAGUCUGGGACUGGAUGGAAUGGGCGAUUUCUUCAGCCUUGAUACUGCCACCGACUUCAACAUGCCCUUUGCGGCCACCCAUAACUACAACUGGUUGUUCGACGUCGCCUCACUGGACGACGCAUUCCCUCCCUUUGACCUCCCACUAGGUCCAGACAUGGUCACCUUUGCCGAGGAUGCCCUUCCCAUCGAUGAUCCAAAAUCAUAUCUCGACCGUGACGGUUCCUCCGUCCUCCUCCAAGCAGCCUCCUUUGUCGAACGCAGCGACCCGCUCGUCUUCUCGGCGCCCAUCCUCGACCCCCAACCCGACACUAUCAACCUCGACUGGAUGGACGCACCCUCCCUCCUCCAAACCACCCCCCAACCCCACCUCCCCAUCCUCACCGAAGAAGCCCGUCAAGGUAUUCUCAACCUCAUCGCCCAAGCCCCACCCCUGACCAUCGACGGCCAACCCACCCCACUCGACUCCCCACUCCUAUCCCUCCCCUCCCUCCAAUCCUACAGUGACCUCUUCUUCACGCGCUUCAACACAACCUACCCCCUCCUGCACCAACCCACCUUCUGCCCAUCCACCACCACCCCGGUCCUCCUCGCCGCCAUCCUCUCCAUGGGCGCCACCUACAGCAGCCGCGAAGCGCACCAACUCGCCGUAGGCAUCCACGACUCCCUGCGGAACCAACUCUUCUGCCACGCCGACUUCUCCCCGCAGCCAGACCUCUGGGUCCUACAAGCCAUGCUCCUAAUCGACUGCUUCGGGAAGAUGCGCGCGGGCCCGAAACAGCGCGAACGCGCCCAGCUCUUCCACUGCGUCUUGAUCAAGCUCAUCCGGCGGAGUGACUGCUGCGCUAUUCGCCACACACCCAACCCCACCACUGCGACUACAGAUACAGAUAUCGACACCCUCUGGCGUACCGCCAUGCACGACGAGCAGAAAAAGCGCGUCGCACUGCACUGCUUCAUGUGGGAUACCCAGCACGCAGUCCUCUUCUCCCAGUCCCUGUGCAUGUCCGCAUUUGAAAUCAGAUCCGCGCUGCCCUGUUCCCAGAGCUCAUGGGAAGCGUGCACGGCGAGUGACUGGGCGCAUCAUGCAUCUAUGGAACCUCCCCCGAGGAUGUUCCUCUCUGUGCUGAAGGGGUACAUCACCCCGUCUGCGAUGGCCCGGCCACGUGAUCUGAAUACCCUCGCUAGGAUCGUCGUCCUGCACGGACUCAUGUCCGUUUCAGCGGACUUGAAGAGACGGGACCAGACGACGUUACGCGCUGAGACGCCCGAGCGAGUCGGUGCGUGGACACGUCGCAUGGGGAGGUCGUAUGAUCUAUGGAAAGUGGACUUUGAUGCGGAUUGCCUGGCAAUGAAGUUGAACUUCGGACAACAUCCCGGGGAGGGUGUCGCUGGGUCAAGACGAGGUGGAGCGGGAGGGGUGUUCACAGGGCUGAAGAUGGCGGCGUGUGCGUUGUAUCGUGCAGCGUGGUUGGCGCUGCAGGUAGAGAUACUCGACUUGCAGGUUGCUGCUGGGGCGGGGAGGAUCCUGGGGAGGACAGUGACGGAGGGGGAUCGGGAGAGGUCGCGACGGGGGUUGAGGAAGUGGUUACUUGGUGGUGGGGAGGGAGCACUAGGGGCUGCGAGACAGGCGGCGAAGUUGUUGGAAGAGGCGGUGCUGAGUCUGCAUGAUUGGGAGCAGACGGAUGCGUUUCAUUUCCCGUGGUGUUUGUAUUUGGCGACGUUGACUUGUUGGGCGUUUCAUGGUGGGGUGAAUGGAGAGGGUGACGGUGGUGGCAGUAGUAGUGGGGAGAGAGUCACGACGGAUCUGGCGAGUUUGAUAGUGGCCAUGACGACGUGUGGCAGUUUGGGAGAUAUGGCGGCGCUCGGGGGAAAGUAUGAUACGAGGGGGUUGGUGAGGACGAUGGCGCAGCAGUUGGCGACGGUGAGGUGGGCGGUGGUGCAUGAUGCGAUGAAAGUGUUGGUGAAUCUGGGAAAUUGA